CGAUGGAGGGCGCUGCGAUCACGUGGUCACAUAGAGGGGGCAGCGCCGAGCUGGGAAGGAGGGCGCACGCGUGAGACUCUGCAACACACUCAGCAGCAGCAGUUGCUUGUAGCUGUCGCACUGGCUCUGAUGAAGGGUUUGGCUGCUGCUGCUCCUUAUCACAUCAGCUGCUUCCAACUCAUCUCACAUACUCAGCCGCUUUCCCCAGAGAUCCGAAUCUCAUCCCUGCAAGGACAUCUGUGCUGGGCUGGAGAUCUGCACCUACAGAUAAAGGUUUUUUGGAGGCUUUCGGUAUGGAGGGAGGUGCUUAUGGAGCCGGUAAGGCUGGUGGAGCCUUUGACCCCCAGACUUUCAUCAGACAACCUCACACUGUCCUUAGGAUGGUGUCCUGGGUCUUCUCCAUUGUGGUCUUCGGGUGUAUAGUUAAUGAGGGAUACAUUAAUCUCCCAGAUGAGGAGGAGGAGCAUUGCAUUUUCAACAAAAACCGAAGUGCCUGCACCUAUGGAGUGACUGUAGGAGUGCUGGCGUUCCUCACUUGCCUUCUGUACCUGGCAGUCGAUGUCCACUUCCCGCAGAUCAGUAGUGUCAAAGACCGCAAGAAAACUGUGAUAAGUGAUAUUGCAGUGUCUGGUUUGUGGGCCUUCUUUUGGUUCGUUGGCUUUUGCUUUUUAGCCAAUCAAUGGCAGGUGUCCAACAUAAAUGACUUUCCAAUGAACGAGGGUGCAGAUGCUGCCCGGGCAGCCAUAGCCUUCUCAUUUUUCUCCAUUUUCACCUGGGCGGGACAAGCCGUGCUGGCCUUCAAACGCUACAGUCUGGGCUCCGACUCUGCGCUGUUCUCUCAGGACUACAUGGACCCAAGCCAAGAUCAAGGGCCUCCUUAUCCCCCCUAUGCCAGCAACGAUGACUUAGACCCUUCUACUGGCUAUCAGCAACCUCCCGCAGAUGCCUAUGAGGCUGGCACACAGGGCUACCAGGCCCAGGAUUACUAAAACAGCUCUGUCAAAGGACCUUUCAUUGUCUGACAGGCUAGCCGUUCCUCACUUAGAAAUUUGUUGCUGCCUCUCUGAUAGUGAAAGAAACCGUAAAACAGUUUAUCCUUAUUUUUUAUGACCUGGUUCAGGGAAGGUUCUCCUUUUUAUGUUGACUUCUAAAUACAGUUUACGUUGUUUUGUUUGUUGUUUUCAUUAUUGUUUAGCUGUUUGCAGUUUUGCCAGGUUUGCACCAUGUCAUUUUUAGAGUCCAUUUGAGCCCGUAUUUCUUAGGGCAGUUGUGGGAAACAACGGGCUCUCCAAACAUAACUGAAACCUAUUUCAAAUGAUACUCUGCACUUAACUUGCUGCUUCAUCUUAUGACAGGUUAAACAGCACAUUUUGAGAGAGAGUUUCAGCAACUGUGUUGAAUCUUUUAAGUUUUCUAUUCCAGGUUUUAGGGAAAUUUUACAGUACAGUUGCUUCGUUACAGAAGACCAUUUACUUUGUCUUUUCCCUGCUAAUUUUGACACUCUCUCCUACAGACUUUAUUCAUAUUUUGUGGGGAAAUUGUUAUCUAGUCAGGUGGCAUAUUACAUACAGUGUUUUGUUUUAUGUAUGAUCAUCAGAUUUAAGACUAUAUGCAUCAUACAGUACCGCUGCUCUCUCCAAAGUUCUUUUAUCGUUACACACUGACCACACGUACAGGCUGGUUAGAUAUAAAAUACAAAAUGUAUUGUGAUAAUAUUGAUUCCAUGUUCAUACUCAUCUGCUAUAAAUAUGAGAAAAAGAGCAUUGCCCAAAAUAAAGUAAAAUAUUGAAUGCAACAUUUAUCUCCUGUGGGGACACAUUCUCAGUUAUCAUACCAAGCUGAGUUCAGUCACAGUAGCUAAAUAUUAGAAAAGGCUAUGUUUUCUGUGCAUACAGGUCACAUUUUUGUGCAGGAGCUGAUUUCUUAGUAAAGAUGUGAUGUACUAAAGGCACUGACUUACAGAGAGAGGCUUCCCCAUUCUGAGUUGUCCUAAAUAAAAAAUGUAAAAAGUUUCUAACUGUGCAAAUCCAUCACCUGAGUUCGGAGAAUUAGUGGAUUCUUAGGUUCCCUUUGUUUUUUGCCCCUCCCAUUAUUCACCCUUCCUCAGGGGCUUGAUAGAUUUUAUAUAAAAGGCAAGAAUCUGGGUGCACAAAUCUUUACUAGUGAAGUAAAUGUACAUAUGUUAAAAUAUUAAUUGCAUAACAUCAGAAGCAUUUUUGUCCUCGGAUUCUGGAUUGACUGUCCCUAUCCCUGAACUGAUCACAAUGUGUUUGUGUAGUUUGUUUUAGCUUCAACAUUUAAUUGCCCAUAUGAAAGGCAAGUGAAAGUUACAGUUCUUAGUAAAUCACCCCAUAGCUCUAUUCCUGUCCAAUAAAUUAACAGUGAAUUGGUAAGAUGCCUUUUUGGCAGAAUAUUUGUGCUGCUGUUUCUUGAUAAGUGAGUGAUUGUCUACAUCACUGGAGAAAGAGAGUCUCAUGGUGACAUGGAUUUCAUCUGGCAAAACUGUUGAAGCAAGCAAAAACCACUCUUUUGUGUAGAAGACCAGAAACGUGAAGCCAAAUUAGCCAUUACAAGGAACAAGGAGCAAUCACAUGACUAUUUAGUGGAUUUAACAUUUUGCAAAAUUCUAAAGGUUCUUGGAUAUGUCAUUUGCCAAAUCUAACUUGCAUCCACCUAAGUAUUAAAUAAAAUGUUAUUCUGUAGGAA